CUCAUUCUCUCUAGAUCGAUGACGUGAUAGUGCAUAUGUGCAAACAUACUGUAGCAUUGUGUCAACUGGGUCUCUUUAUGCGCGUUGUGAUUUUGUGAUGAAUUCAAAAUGCGUGACUCAUUUAUACAUAUUUGUAUGUAUCAACAUGGCAAAAUAGUUUUUUUUUUUGUAUCGUUGCUUUUGUUUUGUGUUCGCUAGUCUUGAGUUGGUAUUUGAGAAAAUUGAGAGAGAUUACAUGUUGCGCGCGCGGACAUAGUGGCGGUUGGGGCGUUAAUCGGCAAUGUGACCGUCACUGAACUGGCAACGCCAAAUGCAACAUUUUAUUUAUUUCCAUUGUCAAUCGGCUAAAAUCUAUGUCAAUGUGUUAGCAACGUAUGUAGCUCGACGACACAGUACAUAUAUGUGAAACACUACACACUGAAAACGCCUAUUUUGCUCGUUGAUUAUGGAUAUGUAGCAAAGAAAGUCAAUAUUAUGGACUGUAUUUGUGUUUGGAAUGUAAUGAUUAUGUUGACAUUUAUAUUUGUUUCUAGUUGUGUCGCGCACGUCGUGCACUUCGUUUCAUUUGAUAAAUAAAAAAGCGCAUUAGAGAAAUUAUCAAUAGUACGGGAAAUUGUGUGUGUUUUUUUCUCUCCUUCAAUCGUUCAUGGUAUAUAUAUAUCACUGAAUUAAAAAGAGUACAUAUGACGUGUCCAUCACAUUUUUUGUGUGUUAUUCCCCGCAUUCCAUUUGAAUCGAAACGUCAUUGAGUUGAACGUAGGGGUGACGAAAUGACGACGCGAGUGAAGGCAUUGUAUGAUUUUAGCGGUGAACCGAACACGGCGGAGAUAUCGAUUAAGGCCGGUGAAAUUUUGAUAUUGACGCGAACUGAUGUGGGCGAAGGAUGGUGGGAAGGCACCAAAACAGAUGGUCAAACCGGCCUAUUUCCCGAGGCCUAUGUUGAGAUUUACAAAGAGACACAGCCACCAGCAAUGGCUCCCCCAAUUAAUCCGAUGAUGAUACAGCCACAGCAAACAUCACAACCGUAUCAAUGCACACAGCCACCAGCCCAGCAACAGGCACCACGAUAUGAUCAAACGGCUGAAGAUGAUAUGCAAGAUGAGUGGGAAGACGAUUGGGACGACGAUAAUGAUACGUACAGUGAAGUUGGACCGCCCGCUUCGAAUGCAAAUAAUCGAACAACGCAAAAUUACUACCAACAAAAUCAGCAAUCAAAUUAUCAGAAUUUGCAAUUGCCUUCGCCGCCAGCCGAUGAUAAUUCAUCGCUACAAUCGUAUUCGGCAUCGAGCAAAUUGAAAAAGUCGGGUAUGUUCUCGAAAUCGGGCGACUCCUAUAUUCUUGGCACCACAACCAUCAGUGUACCCGAUCAUGAACGCGUCUAUAUCAUACACCAAGACAACGGGUACUUUUACAAGCCGAUCCAAAGUCUGUACACCGUACGGGUGGCAUCACCUAAAAAGGAAACCAAAUUUAAGGGCAUCAAAAGUUUUAUUGCCUAUCAAUUGACGCCAUCGUUCAACAAUAUUUCCGUGUCACGGCGGUACAAACAUUUCGAUUGGUUGCACGAACGUUUAGUGGAUAAAUUUUGCCUGAUCCCAAUUCCACCAUUGCCAGACAAACAAAUAUCCGGCCGAUAUGAAGAGCAGUUUGUUGAGCAUCGACGUGUGCAAUUACAGGAAUUUGUUGAUUGGGUAUGCCGACACCCGAUUCUAUCGACCUGUGAAGUAUUUAUGCAUUUCCUUACGUGCACCGAUGACAAGAAAUGGAAACCGGGCAAACGGCAAGCCGAAAAUGAUAAAUUGGUUGGGCCAGCCUAUUGUGCUGCCAUAUUCCCGCCUGAAAAGCAAUUGCUUCAAUCACAAGUUGAUAGCCAAAUUGAUAAUUGCAAUCAAUUUGUGCACACAAUGGACGGUGCAGUAAAUAAAUUGCUCAUCAUAUCGAAUGAGCAGGCGAAACGCUAUCAGGUUCAAUGGAAAAAAGAUUUUCAACGCAUUGGCGAAGGUUUUUCCGAAUUGGCUCGAGCAUUGGAGAUUGAUGAGCGACGUGCCAUUACAACGAUUAAUCUAUCAAAUUCGGUGGGCCAAGCGGCCGGCGUAUUUAUCGGUAUUGGCCAAUUGAUUGGCGAACAACCAAAGCAUGAUUUCAUCCCAUUUGCCGAUUGUUUACACAUUUAUCGUGGCAUUUUGGGCGAUUUCCCCGAUGUGCUCAAUGUACACAAAGGCGCCAUGAACAAGCGAAAAGAAUGCGAACGUUUGACGGCCGAACAAAAAAUGGGCAACGCUCAAUUGCAAGAGGUCAAUCGACGCACUGACAUUAUGUCCUAUGCCGUAUUAGCCGAAAUGAAUCACUUUCGCGAAGAGCGCGAUGUACAUAUGAAAAAAGCGAUGAAACAUUUCAUACAAGAACAAAUUAAAUUUUAUCGAGAAGUUAUAACACGCCUAGAGACGGCGCAACGAUUCUUCGAAUAAACCACCCACCACCUACCCACUACCACCAUCAACACCAUCUUCGCUCUAAAAUGCUUGUGCAAAGUGAAGUUUCAUAAGGAUGUUUUUUCCCUUCGAAUUUCAUUUACUUGGAAUUUUGAAGAUUACAGCUCGAGCAUAAGAGGAGAAGAAAAACAAAAACAAAUUCUACACUAUGAUAAUCGGAUUUAUAAGGAAUGCUUUUUUAACAAUAAUUUUAGUUGAAACAGAGAAACAAACAAUUCCGUGCUCCAAAUCCGUUUCACCAAAUGGACGUAUCUUUCCGUUUGUGCAGAAGUAUAUACACAUGCAAAAUAAUAUUGGAAAAUGUUCCACACAAAUAAUCGAGUGUAUAUUUUAUUACUAUGUAAAUCACAUAUUGAUUGCAAUAACGAUGGAACAACACAAAUUGAGGAAUAAUUUCCCUUCGCCUUGUUUUCUUUUUAAAUGAACUCGAAAAUUCUGUGAGUAGUUUUACUAUUGGUCAAAAUGAUUGUGUCCGAAAAUUUUAUUCGAACAGAUCGAAUGCAUUUUAAAACGAUAUUUUCUAUUUUAUUUCGCGAAUCGUCGGUAUUUUGACUCAAAGAAGUCAUUUUGUGAUUCGAUUCUCUCUGUUUUAGAUUGUCACUUGAGAAAAAAAAAAAAACAAAUUGUAUUUUUAUAGAAAUAUUGCAAUGUUAUCCAUCGAAUAUGUGAGAGUGAUUAUUUGUUUCCAUUGUAUUUUCGAGAAUUUUUUUGAAUUUUAAUCGUUUUUUUUUUCUCUCAAACAAAAUGUCAAUGAAAGGACCAUUUCAAGUACAAUAUGUAUGAAAAUUGUAAGCAUUUUUCAAACUAUAUUUUUUCAUUCCAAAAAAAAAUUGUUCAUAGAAAAACAAGCAACUAAAAUCAAGUGUCGAUUGUAAAUAGAAACAAAUAAGAAACUAUUAUACUAACACCGAACAUUGUUGAAUACAUACAAAUUGGUUUUAUGUACACUCUAAA